AGCUGGCGAGUGUAGACCGAUUUUGAUCCUCCAUCUAGCCAUCACAGUGGGCAUUGGAUAGCUUCAUUCUUUUUGAAUCACACACUCUUCGUCGUCGGGCGCCAAUAACAUGAUGGCGAGCAGCAAAACAUUGUCGGCAGAGUUAAUCUCUUUUUACCGAAAUACCAGAGAAGCGCAAUCAAAUCAUGCAGAAAGCGAAAAAGAGGCGGAAUUACGGGCCCAAAUUCAACAAAAGCAAACCUUCCUGCAAAGUCUCAAGCGUCUCGUAUCGGGUAUGAACAAUCUGUACCAUGGGAUACAGGCUGGAAAUGAAGAGUCGGUACGUGGAAGGCAGAUCAUCAAGGAGAGUAAUACUAUCGCCCAGCGCUUGAUCGAGAACUAUAAUAGCCAACUGGAGUUGACAUGGCAGAUGCGAACGAACCGGCUGCUCAGUGAUUGCGACGGUGAUCGAGAGCGACGUGCCCAGCAAAAGAUGGCACGCAUGCUUGAGGUCGUGCGGGUGCAGGAACAGGUAAUUGCCGAGUUGCGUAGCUCGCGCCGCUUGAUGGAGGUGGAGAAGAGCAAACAAAUGGCCCUCACGUUACAGCAAGAAAUAGCGGACAUUGACCGGGACUUUGUCCGUGCUAAGCAAGAGUACAGACAAGAGGAGGAUCGCAUUUGUCGCACACUCGCUGAUCUGUGUGCAUCGAUCGGGGAGGAAAUGCUUCGCCGGCAGGAGUUGAAUGCGAUGCCAAUCGAUCCGAAGCAACAGCAGCAACAACAACAGCAACAGCACCAGCAACUGGAAAAUGGUGGUUGUUCCGAUCCGGCUUUCAGUGAGGUAAUCAAUGCUAUUGUUAAUACGCACGAGGGUGAGAAUGGGUCGCUGCAGCACGAGGGUGAGGUGUCGCUCAUGUUGCUGAAUGAGUCGACGAGCAAGUAUUCGUUCGAGUUGGAAUUCAAGAACCCAAACGAUUUCCCUGACCUACUGAAAAUCAUGCAGCCAGCCAGCACCAGUUACGAGAAGAUGGUUAAAAAGUGCGAACAAUCGGCAGAUACGACCCAAAAUCGUACGAAGAAAAAUCAAUCCAAAAAGCAAUCGCGAAUCAGUGGUCAGCAAGAAAAAGUCGGCAAUGGCAGAAGUGCUGAGCCUCCGAAGAAAAAGCAAAAGCAAAACGAUUUCAAAGCACAAUUCGGUGCGGGGUCGACUAAAGAAGCCCUAGAAGGACAGAAUGACCAAGAAAAUCAUCGUCCACUCGCUGGCGAGAAGAUAGCCUCUUCUCUUAAAACUCCAGCAAAGAGUUCAAAUAGAUUGGUCAAAACUCAGGAUUCAAAUGUUGGAGAAAACCAUCAGCAGGACCAGCGUACGUUGCGCAAACGUAAAGCAUUAGAACCCGCCAUGGAGAGGUCACAAGCGGCCCAAAUCCCUAGAAAGGAGUCCAAGCAGAAGACCGCACCCGCAGUGACUACUGCUAAGCCUGACAGCAUCUUCAAGGAACCCUUACCGGUUGCAUCUUUUACUGCAAGCGGCUCCAAACGGAAGCCAAAAUCACAAGCAAUUGUACAGAAAGUACCUGUUAAGAAACCUGCACGGGUUGACGAAGUUAUUAAACAGGAUCGACCCAUGAAGCCAGCCAAUGUGGCUGAGGUACAGCACGAGGAGGACUUUUUGAGCCCGAAGAAACGGUCAUCGAGCCAAUUUGCACUUCAAGGUACAUCGAACAGGGCUAUGGUUCAGGACGAAGAGGUUUUCUUGAGCCCUGAUAAUGAGCCGUCGAAGGACACACCAUCAGACACUCCCCCAGAGAAUCUACUGGAAAGCGAUGAGCAACAUCCAAUGGGAGAAACACAAAACAGCAACAGCAGCAUCAUUAUGGAAGAAUCCAUGAGCAGCGGUUCGAUGGAUUUUAUGCUCCCCAGUUCAAGCGGUGAGUUUGAUAUAAACCUUUCACCGGAGCAACCGAGCAACUUCGAUAACGAUUUGGACUUUCUGAACGAUUUUUCUACCAGCAAUGCUGGAAGAAAAGGAGCUGCUGGGAGUCGUAAAACGAAUGAUCCUGACGAACCGGUCGAGUCGGCUGGUUUUGAUUUCGCUUUCGACGACGGUCUGUCUUCUGAGCAAUUGGAUCAGCAGGAUUUGUUCUAA